AUCUAGAGACGCGACAACAAGGAAGGUUUGCAGGAUUCUCUCUGUAUGUAUCAAAAACUGGAGAUAUACAAAGUUCCACAUUGUGUUACAAGGACGGACCACAAUUACCGCCCUUAAACUUUACAACAAUAUGUGCAGAGUACGGACGUUAUGUCAUCUAUUACAAUGAACGAUUAAAUGGAGUGUCAUAUCCCAAAGAUUAUGUAAUUUACAGUGACUAUACAGAGCUUUGCGAGGUAUCUGUAACAGAAUGUGCCGUAGGAAGAUACGGAGUUGAAUGUAAAGGUAUAUGCAGUGGACACUGUGCAAGUAGCACUACCUGUAAUCACGUAACUGGUCAGUGUGACAGAGGAUGUGCCGUUGGGUGGGAAGGUUCUCUCUGUAACAAAGAAUGUGAUAACGGUACUUUUGGUUACGACUGUGUCAACAACUGUAGUGGUCACUGUUUGAAUAACUCCCCUUGUAACAAACAGACUGGACACUGUGACAGGGGAUGUAACCCGGGAUAUACUAAUGUUUUCUGUAGCGAAAUAUGCAGACCUGAAUACUAUGGUAAUGGGUGCAGACAACUCUGCAAUGGGUAUUGUAUGAACAAUAGAGUAUGUUCUCACGUUGAUGGAGUCUGUUUAGCUGGCUGUCAAGAUGGAUACAUUGGAAAGUACUGUAACAACUCGUGCAAACAAGGCUACUUUGGUAAAAGCUGUUCCUCCGUCUGUUCACCACAUUGUAAGACAUGUCGACACACAGACGGACAUUGUAGUUGUUCCGCUGGUUAUACAGGGUACAGAUGUACCACAGAAUGUUUCCAAUCAUAUGGAGAGAACUGUCAUUAUCCGUGCAGUCAACACUGUUACGAUAAGAAUUGUGACAGGUUUAACGGAAGUUGUCUAACUGGUUGUAUAGACGGAAAAUCCAGUUGUCUCUUGGGGAACCUCUCUUUGUCUAAUAAUCUUCCUGUUACUGUUGGAGGGAUACUCGGCGCAUGUGUAGUUUUAAUAGUCGGAGUUAUUAUCUUUUUUAUUUUACGUCUCAACAGAAAAGCUACAAGUAUGAAACGAGAAUCGAUGAUAAUGGAAAUAAAGCCUCGAGACAAUUUUAAAAAUCGUCAAACAGUUGAUGACAAAGUCCACGAGAACAAUGAAAAUGACAAUUGUAACUCUACAUAUGCCUUGCCUGAGAAAACAAAAAGAGGUCCCCCAACCAAUAAAAACAUUUCUGUAAGAAACAUAUCGGCACAAAUUACCAACAUGUCGAUAAACGAAAACGCUGGACUCAAAAGAGAAUACCAAGACAUUCCACGUGGUGAACUUCACCCAUGCACAGAGGCAAAAAACCCUGAAAAUAAAGUUAAAAAUAGAUACACUACCAUCUUUCCAUAUGAUCACUCGCGAAUUGUUCUUAAAACACCAGCAUCAAAUGGAAGUGGUUAUAUUAAUGCCAACUACAUCGAAGAUACACAAGGAAGGCGGCGUUACAUUGCCUCACAGGGCCCAAAGCCAAAAACAAUUGCGGAUUUCUGGACCAUGAUAUGGCAAGAAGAAGUGUGUAUCAUCGUUUGUCUAACGAACCUAACAGAAGGAACAAAGAACAAGUGUGCCCAGUACUGGCCAGAUAUCAACGACAAACUACAAGGAGGGACAUUGACAGUCAGACAUCUGGAGGAGAAAACAUACGCUGAGUACAUCAUCAGGCGGUUUAAGAUACACAACAAAACAACAAGAUCAGACCGUCAUGUUACGAUGUUCCAUUACACCACGUGGUCAGAUCAUGGAGUGGCCGAUCCCCUUAGUCUGGUCGUUUUUCAUCGUCACGUGAACAGAGCAACAGCUAAUUCUGCUGGGAAGUACACCGUUGUACACUGCAGUGCGGGAGUUGGUAGAACUGGAACGUAUAUUGCUUUAGACGCCCUCUACCGCGAAGGGGAGAGAACUGGUAAAAUCAACGUCCCGAUGUACGUCAGGACCAUGAGGAAGGACCGGAUGAACAUGAUUCAAGGAGAUGAGCAGUAUAAAUUGCUAUACCUUGCACUGAAGGAUGCCUUUUACGGCCAAAGCAAAUGUUUGGACACGGAGAAGUUUUUGGGCGAAUACCAAGAACAGACUUGUUAUACGAAUUGUGGAGAUCUAUCACAAAAGAAGUCAUUAUCUUCUGACCUCGAGGAGUUACUGUCCUUGAGAAAGGAGUAUACACAGCAAGAUUACAUGUCUGGUCGGUCUCAGAUAUCGGCUAACUACACACAAAGCGUAUUACCAGUGGAGGAGUUCAUGUGUCAUCUGUAUUAUAUGAAGGGCUAUAACACGUACUACAAUGCUGUUCUUAUUCAGUCAUUCCUGGAGAAGGACUCCCUGAUCAGCGCCCAGUAUCCUCUACCAGACAACACCGAGGACUUCCUCAGACUGAUCAAGGACUUUGACGCACGUGUUGUCGUCUUUUUGUGUCCCCUUGAGGAUAUUGAUAUUGAAUCAACAUCCAAAUGGUUUCCAUCAGAAAAUCAACACAAAUUCAAUGGGAUUUUCUACGUUAAAAAUAUGUCAUCAACAAGAAGCCCGAACGUCAAACUGACCAGACUGAAUAUACAACCAACGGGUUUCAAUGAAAUGGAUAUCACUCUUCUGGAAUGCCCGACUUGGGGUGAGAGACUGAAAAGGGGGGACAAAAGAGUACUUUUGGAUGUAGUUAAGGCAGUAAAGACUGAGAAGUCUGACCAAAAGGGCCGGGUCCUCGUUCUGUCAAGAGACGGCGCUACACGCUGUGGCCCAUUCUUUGUUGUAUACAACGUGUUGGAACAGAUCUCCAUGGACAGAGAGGUGGACAUUUUUACAGCUGUACGUCAGAUCCAGAUACGUAGACCCGAGUGUGUGUCCACUUUGGAGGAAUACAAGCUUUGUCAUGACGCCGUGGCUGAAUAUCUUCUUAAUGACAGUGUUUAUGGAAAUUGUUAAAGAAACAUAGAAACCCUUCAACAGUUGC